GUGUCGGGGGCCGCGGUGAUAACAGCCGGGGCCGGCUGGCAGGGCCGAGCCAGGCCCCCCCGCCGCACCGCGCCGUGCCGGCAGCCCGAGCCCGGGCGGCAGCAUGGGCCCCCAGCGCCUGCUGCGCGCCCUCUGCAUCCUCUCGGCGCUGGCCGCCCGCCUGCCCCCCGCCACGGCCCAGUGGUUUUACGGCCUGGGCGGGGAGGAGACGACGCCGGAGCCGGGCGCCAGCCCCGCGGCCCCCACGCCGCCCGCCCCGGCCCGGGAGCAAGGCGGCGACGCCGGCGCGGAGCCCACGCGGAGAGUGCUGCUGAGCAAACCACCGCUGCCCUCGGCCCCCCGGGCGCGGGAGCCGCCCGCCAAGGCGCCCGCCAAGGGCCCCGGCCGGGCCCCGCCGCGCGCCCCGGCCCAGCCCCGCCGCCCCACGGCCGCCCCGGACAUCUUCGAGGGCAGCGCGGAGGAAGAGGAGUUCCUGCAGAUCCAGGCCACGGCGAAGGGGGUGCCCCGACGGGGCGCCGCGGCCCCCGCGACGGACGCUGCUCCCCAGAACGGCUCCCAGUGCGUCUGCCCGGUGCGCCCAGGCCCCCCCGGCCCACAGGGAGAGAAAGGCGACCGAGGGCCCCCGGGAGAAAAAGGCCAGCCGGGAUUCUCUGGAGAGAGAGGGAAGACGGGCAACCCGGGCCCGCCGGGUCACCAGGGGCCGCGGGGCCCCCCAGGGCCACCGGGUCCCCCAGGAUCCCCGGGGCCCCCGGGACCCCCGGGCGUUUCGGGAGCCAGGAGCCCCCCAGCGCCAGCCACCCUCACCAAGGGCUCGGACAACGAGCUGGGAGCAUCCAGCCCCGGGAAAAACCCAGGACCCCCGGGUGCCCCCGGGCAGCCCGGCCCCCCCGGCCCCCCAGGCUACCCAGGGCACGAAGGCCCCCCUGGGCUGCCGGGGCGGGAGGGCCAGCAGGGACCCCCUGGCCCGCCGGGGGCUGUGGGGCCACCCGGUUUCCCAGGGGCCGAAGGGCCUCCGGGGUCUCCGGGCUCGGCGGGGCCGGAUGGGGCCCCGGGGGCACCGGGACUGCCUGGCCCUCAAGGCCCCCCCGGGAUACCCGGGCACGAAGGGCCCCCCGGACCCCCGGGACCUGCGUCUCUCCCUGGCAAACCAGGGCUUCGAGGGGAGCCCGGAUUCCCCGGACUGAAGGGCGAGAAGGGCGAGCACGGACUGCCGGGCAUGCCGGGCAGCCCGGGGCGGACGGGCGACACGGGUGCCCCCGGCGCACCGGGUCCCGCGGGACCGCCGGGACCGGCAGGCGACUACCGGGUG